UUCACAAGAAGGCAAACAUCCUCUGCUCUCUACUUCCUGUGUUGUAGAAUGAGCGUGCUUCAAAAAAACCACAGGUGGGUCAUGUGACUUGAAAGUUCCACAUUCUGUGUUCCGCUAUGUUCUGUGUUCUGUACAUUGUCAUUCAACCGGCUCUGUGUGAUGCCUUUAAUAAAUGAUUAUGACUCUGCAUUGUUGUGCAAGACUGAGGGAGUAGCUCUUUACCCAUGAGUAAAGCCUUCCCAUAAAAGAGAGGCUGCAACCAAAGAAAGAGCAAGAGGAAAGAGAGGAAGAAGAGAGAGUGAAAGAAAGAAAGAAAAGAGAUGGAGUCACAGGGCGAAGGGUACCCUCCCUUUUCGGUCUCAACUGGUGGUGAUGAGAGUAUGCAAGGUGUUAUGCAGAAAGAGGUGAACCCCUCAACCAGUGCUCCUCCUCUCCCAGAACUUAGGCUAGUCCUGCUGGGAAGGAAAGGAACAGGGAAGAGCUCUGCAGCCAAUACCAUCCUGGGAGGAAUAGGGGGGUUUGAGAGCGGCAGACCAACCGAGGAGUGCUCGAAAAAGCGAGCCGAUCUAACCGGGAGACGAGUCACCGUGGUAGACACCCCUGGCUGGGAAUGGUACUACCCGCUCAACAGCACCCCCGACUGGGUCCGGAGAGAGACGUUGCGCAGCAUGUCCCUGUGCUCCCCCGGACCUCACGUUAUCCUGCUAGUGAUACGUUCCUGCGCCUCGGUAACAGAGUCCUACAGGAAGCAAAUAGAGGAGCACCUGGAGUCUCUGGGGGAAGGGGUGCUGGACCAUACCAUGUUGCUGUUCACCAGGGGGGACGAGCUGGGUGUGGUGCCCAUGGAGCAGAGGAUACUGACGAGUGGGGCUGCCUUCCAGCAGCUGCUACGAAGGUGUGGGAACAGGUACCAUGUCCUGGACAAUAAGAGCCGGGGAGACGGAACUCAGGUAAGGGAGCUACUGAGGAAGAUGGUGGAGAUGGUGGAGAACAAGGGAGGACAUUUUGGGGCAGAUCCUGCCCUCCUGAGGUUGGAGGCAGACGGGAGGAGGAGAGCGAGGGAACGGAGGAAGAGGCAGAGACAGAUGGAGGCCCAGACGCAGAGGGGUACCAUCCGAGCUGUGCUUAUGACUGACGCUGGAUCCCAGGGCUCUGAUUGGGAUGGGAAACAACCAUUCUCCAAGGGUACUCGUCGUCUCCCAGAGCUGAGACUGGUCCUCCUGGGAGAGAGAGAGACGGGGAAGAGCUCGGCUGGGAACACCAUACUGGGUGGAGGUGGAGAAGGUGCAGGGUUCUUCCAGACAGGGAGAGUGACGGAGGAGUGUGCCCGGUGCCAGGCAGAGGUAGCCAUGAGGCUGGUCACCGUGGUGGACACCCCCGGUUGGGAAGGGGGAGUAGCAGGCCCCACCCCAGAGAGGGUAAAGCGGGAGAUGGUGUGGGGUAGCGUGUCCCUGUGUCCCCCGGGACCCCACGCUGUGCUCCUCACCCUGAGGGUGGACACCCUGGUCGGUUCCACACCUGUAAGAGAACACCUGGAGCUCCUGGGGGAAGAGGUCUGGAGGCAUGCUGUCCUCCUGUUCACCCAUGGGGACCAGCUGAGGGAGGGGGUGGGCAUUGAGCAGCACAUCCAAAGUGGGGGGAGGGACCUUAAGUGGCUGGUGGAGAAGUGUGGGAGCAGGUACCACGUCAUCAGUAAUGUGAAUGGACGUGGGGACGCCGCUCAGGUGUCAGGCCUACUGGAGAAGGUAGAGAAGAUGGUGGCCGGGAACAGAUGCGAGGCCUUCUCGUCGCUAGUGCAGGAGGUCAGCGACCUCACCAGACAGAGGAACGAGAAAUUCAACCAGCGUCUCAAAGAGGUUGGUGACAAGAUGCAGCGUCAGGAGAUGGAGCUCAAGAGGAUGAGGGAGAGGGAGGUCAAGAGCAUCCGCUGGUUUUUCGAUCGGAAGAAGAAAGUUAAAUCUCCGGGGAAGUCAGGCGUGGAAAAAGAGGAGGAUGGAGGGGAGGAGGAAGAAGAGAAAAGGAGUGAUGGGAGGAAGAAUGAAAUGGGUGAACUGGAGGAGAGGAUUAGGUGGCUGACGGAGGAUAAGGAGAGAGAGAUUCAGGAUCUGGGCGCGGAAAACUACAGAUUCAUCGCUGCGCUCAAUCAGAGAAGCAGAGAGCUAGAGGAGAUAGUCAUCAAGCUCGAAGAGAAAGAGAGAGAGAUUGAAGAGCUGAAAGAGCGAGUUGAUGAGCAGCAAGUGAAACUGCUCGACCUUGAGCGUGUCAUCGGGGAGAAAGAACGAGAUAAAAAAGAGAGGGAGGAAGAGUUUAGAGGAAAGCAUCAGGAAUGGAGGAGGGAAGCAGAGGAGUUGAAAGACAGGAUAACCCUGGAAGAAAAAGAAAAAGAGGAAUGGAUAGAAAGAGGAAAAACGUCACAGAACGAGAUGUAUGAGUCAAAACAGUUGUAUGAGGAGAGACUUUUACAGUAUGAGGAAGAGAUGCAGAGAAAACUGCAUGAAAAAGACGAAGAGAUGAUGAAAAAACUGCAUGAAAAAGACAAAGAGAUGGAGAGAAAACUGCAUGAAAAAGACGAAGAGAUGGAGAGAAAACUGCAUGAAAAAAAGGAAGAGAUGGAGAGAAAACUGCAUGAAAAAGAGGAAGAGAUGGAAGGAGUGAGACUGCUAUCUAAGACAAGGGAAACAGAAAGGAGGGAUGAGCAAAGAAAGAGAGAUGAAAGGGAAAAGAAAGAGAUAAGCAAGCUGAAAGAAAUCAUUGAAAAGAAAAAUAAAGAAAUAACUUAUACACAGCAAUUGGUUACAGAGAAAGAAAAAGAGAUUGUGGAAGUGAGGGCGAGAUCUGUUGACAACGUAAAAGAAAUUGAGCGGCUGAAAGAAAACAACGAACAGAAGGAGUCUGAGGUGGUGGCAAUGCAACGGCAACACACAGAGGACAAAAGUAGGAGAGAUGCCGAGACAAUGGACAAGUUACGAGGGAAAGAAGUGGAGAUCAACAACUUAAAACAAAAGGACGGGGAAAAUAAGAGAGAACUCAUCAGUUUAAGGCAAACCGUUAAACAAACAAAAACAGAACUGGAAAACUUAACUGCCAUGAUGGAGAAGGAAAGGAUGAACAUGAUACAGGAAUAUGAAAAGGAAAUCAAGACGAAGGAAGAGGAGAGGAGGUUGAUGUUAGAAGACAACGAAAGUGCUAUCGGCCAACUGCAGAAAAUGGAGGAAGAAAGUAGAAGGAACAUUUCAGGCGUGACAGAAUGCUUAAGGGACAGCCAGAGGAAGGUUGAGGUACUGCAGGAGCUGAACGUGAAAUUGAAGAAAGAGAUGGACAACCUCAGGAAGAAGUGUCAGGAGUAUGAGGAGGACCAGGGGGUUCAGAGGACCACGAGGGAGAGCAGGGAGGCUGACAUCAGAGAGCUGCUCUGUGGAUAUGAAGAGCAGUUAAAAAACAAAGAUGGGGAAAUCCACCAUGUUAUAGAAGAGCGGGACCUGGAGGUUGCUGCGUUGAAACAGACGAACGAUGAGAGACAGAAGGAGCUGGAGAAAAUGAAAGAAGAGGAGAAGGUGAGAGAGAAACAGGUGGAUGAGAUAAGAGGGUGUUAUGAGAAGAAUCUGAGAGAAAGACAGAAUGAGCUGAAACAGACGGCUGAGGAAAAGGAGAAAGAGCUUGAGAAAAGGGAGAGAGUGUAUGAUGAGAAGGAACGACAACAAGCAAGAAGUAAAGAACUGCUGGAUAACAGAGGGCGUGAACUUGAGACAAAAGCGGCAGAGCUAGUGAAAAGAGAAGAAGUGCUAGUGAAAGGAGAGGAAGAGCUAGCGAAAGGAGAGGAAGAGCUAGCGAAAGGAGAGGAAGAGCUAGCGAAAGGAGAGGAAGAGCUAGCAAAAAGAGAUGAAGAGCUAGCGAAAAGAGAGGAAGAGCUAGUGCAAAGAGAGGAAAAGCUAGUGAAAGGAGAGGAAGAGCUAGUGAAAAGAGAGGAAGUGCUAAUGAAAAGAGAGGAAGAACUAGUGAAAGGAGAGGAAAAUCUAGUGAUAAGAGAGGAAAGGCUAGUGAAAAGAGAGGAAGAACAGGAGAAAAGAGAGGAAGGGCUAGUAAAAACAGAGGAAAAGCUAGUCAAAAGAGAGGAAGAGCAAGAUAAAGGAGAGGCAAAGCUAGUCAAACGAGAGGAAGUGCUAGUAAAAGGAGAGGAAAAGCUAGUGAAAAGACAGGAAGAUCUAGUGAAAGGAGAGGAAAAUCUAGCAAAAGGAGAGGAAGAGCUAUUCAAAAGAGAAGAAGAAUUAGUGAAAGGAGAGGAAGAGCUAAUGAAAAGAGAGGAAGAGCUAGUGAAAGGAGAAGAAGAGCUAGUGAAAGGAGAGGAAGGGCUAGUGAAAAGAGAGGAAGAGCUAAUGAAAAGACAGGAAGAGCUAGUGAAAGGAGAGGAAGAGCAAGUGAAAAGAGAGGAAGAGCUAGUCAAACGAGAGGAAGCGCUAGUAAAAGGAGAGGAAAAGCUAGUGGAAAGACAGGAAAAUCUAGCGAAAGGAGAGGAAGAGCUAUUCAAAAGAGAAGAAGAAUUAGUGAAAGGAGAGGAAGAGCUAAUGAAAAGAGAGGAAGAGCUAGUGAAAGGAAAGGAAGAGCUAUUCAAAAGAGAAGAAGAAUUAGUGAAAGGAGAGGAAGAGCUAGUGAAAAGAGAGGAAGAGCUAGUGAAAGGAAAGGAAGACCUAGUAAAAGGAGAAGAAGGACUAGUGAAAGGAGAGGAAGAGCUAGUGAAAAGACACAAAGAGCAAGUUAAAGGAGAGAAAAAGCUAGUGAAAAGAGAGGAAGUGCAAGUUAAAGAAGAGGAAAAUCUAGUGAAAAGACAGGAACAGCUAGUGAAAGGAGAGGAAAAGCUAGCGAAGAGAGAGAAAAUGCUAGUGAAAAGAGAGGAAGAACUUGAGAAAAGAGAGGAAGGGCUAGUGAAAAGAGAGGAAGAGCUAGUGAAAGGAGAGGAAGAGCUUGUGAAAAGAGAGGAAGAGCUAGUGAAAAGAGAGGAAGAGUUGGAAAGUAGAAGACGAGAAGUAAAGAACUUGGAGGAAGAUCUAGAAAUAAGACAGAAAGGACAAGAAAAACAGAAACAGGAGUUGUGGAGCCGAGAAAAAUGCUUGAAAAGAAAGGAAGAAGAAUCUGAAAGCCAAGAACAAAACAUCUGCAGCAAGGAGCAAGAUGUGGAGAAAAUAGAAAAAGAGCUGCAAAACAGAAAGAACCAACUUGAUAGUAGGGAAUAUGAUUUAAAAACUUCGGAAGAAAAUAUGAAGAAAAUCAAGCUGGAUCUAGAAAACCUGCAGCGACAACAAGACAACCGUCAACUAGAGCUGGAUGAAAGGGAAAAUGAACAAGGGAGUGGGAAGAUAGAACAUCAGAACCAGAGAGAGGAUCUGGAAAAAAGAGAGAGAGAACUGAGGGCCAGAGAACAUGAACUCGACAACAGGGAACAUGAUUUGAGAUGUGGAGAACAAGGGUUGGAAAACCAGGAAAAGGAUAUGAACAACCGACAGCACGACAUGGACAAAAGACAAGAAGAAUUGGAAAAUAUACAACAAGAUCUUGAGAAAAGGGAGCUUCACCUGGAGAAUAGAGAAGAAGAAAUAAAGAAGCAUAGACAAGCUCUGGAAAAAAGAGAGAAAGGGAUCAAAGACAGCAAACAAGGACUUGAAAACAGAGAACACAAUUUGAAGAAUGGAGAGCAAGAGUUACUGAACUGGAGAACAGAGUUAGAAAUUCAAGGGAAACAUAUGAACAACAGGAGCCAAGACAUGGAAAAGCUGGAGGGGGAGGUGGAAAACCAUCAACAAGAACUAAGGAACAGAGAGGAAGGUUUUGAAGAAAAAAUGCAAGAGUUGAGGAAUUGGGAGCAGCGUCUAGAAAGACUUGAAACAGAACUAGAGAGGAGAGAGCAUGAACAGAGGAAUACGAAUAAUGAAUUCAAGGAAAAGGAGCGAGAAGUGAACCAUUUUGAAAAAGAUUAUGACGUGGAGAUUAGAGAGCCUAACGGAUUGAUACCAAGCCAUGAAGCACAUGGAGGAGAUGUAUGUGACAUGACAGCAAGAUAUGAUAAUGUAACACUAGAGGGUAUAGAGGAUUCCCAUAUGAUGUACCAGGAAGUAGGAGUGGUGGAGAAAGAAGGACGGGAACUGCAGGGAAAAGAACCAGAGAGGAGUGGAAGCAUCACAGACCGGGAAGAUCAGAAGAUGAUGGAAUGUGCCUCGUCUGCAAUCUUAAACAAUAACAGUCAGUUUGAAAGAAUGGCAGCGCCAGAAGAGAAAGAGGAGGCUAGACAGAAUCUGGAAGAAGAGACGAAAGAGGAGAUAGAAGAAGAGGGAGGCAAGGAGAGAAAUAGAGGGCAUCCCAAAGAGGAAGGGGAUUCUCAGAACACAGGGAAGGAGUGUGUUCUGUUAAAAAGAGGGAGCCAGGAUGAGAUAUGGCCGGAAGAAUGUAAAAAGAGGGGGAGAAUGGGUGAAGAGGAGGAAGAGGAGGAUAAUUAUAAGGAAAUUGAAGAUGUAAACGCUAUCUCAGACUUAAAGUUAACUCCAAGUCCAGGCCCCAGUGUAGAAAACACUAAACACAUCCAAAGGUCUGAGCUGAGGCUGGUACUGUUAGGGGAGACUUGGUCCUCCCGUCACCCAGCAGGGUACACAAUCCUGGGCAGAGAGGCCUCACACCCAGGUGAGUCCAUCUCCAUGCCAUGGCGGGGACAAAUCGCUGGAAGACAGGUCAGUGUGGUAGAACCACUUGGGCUAAAGUGGCGUAACGGACCAGACGGCAACACCUCCAUAACCACAGACCCAACACAGCUCCAGAACAUCUUCCAUAGUGUUUCCCUGACCCACCCAGGUCCCCACGCUAUCCUCCUGGUCCUACCAGCCUACCUGUCAUUCACACAGAAGUAUCGGAGAGCAGUGGAACACCAUAUGAGUGUGCUCGGGGAAGAUAUUUGGCGUCGCACUAUGGUGCUGUUCACGUGGGGGGAAGCUUUAGGGGAGAGUGCGGAGCAGCACAUAUUGAGGAAUGGGGACCUCCAGUGGCUCGUUGGACAAUGCGGCGGUAGAUACCAUAUUCUGGCCAGCAGGAAGAACAACUCUCAAACAGCAGAGCUAAUGGAGAAGAUAGAGGAGAUGGUGGCAGGAAACGGUGACUAUCAAUGUAAUGGAGACUGAUCUUCAGUUGGGAUGAGUAGAGAUGAAUGGAGAGACAAAGGAUGGACUGGGAUGAUAUGAGAGGGAAAUAAUCAGUUGUUUGAAAUCUUUGUGAAUAGGCCAAUGGCAGGAUGUUUUAUUUCAUGUGUAUUUUUUAAAUAUUUUUUUAUAUAAAAUAUCAUUAAUUGAUGAGGAGAUAUGUUACAGUUACCAAAUACAGAGCCAAACUACAGAAGCAAAUGAAAUCACUGAUGAGUCGUUCACAAAUGUCACAAAUAUUCCAACUUCCUUGACAAUCCUUUUACAUACAAAUAUCAAACAUUUACCAAACAUGCUUGCUCCAUAAGGACUUUUUCAUGUAUUACAUUUCAGAAAGAUCCAAAAUGUUGUGGUCUUUUUUGUUCCAGUUUCGCACGGAACGACCCAUAAAACUGCUUAUAGGUAAAAAGUUGGAUUUACAGUAUGUGAGUUCAUAGUUUCUCCACAAGAUAGAGAUCUUGUAUCACUUUCUGUGGACGGCAGAUGGAGUGUUUCAAGAUCCUGAUGUUCAACAUGUUGAUAAUAAAUUGUAUUAAAUUAGUUCAAAUGUAUCCAAGCACCAGUACGUUUAAUGAAGACGUCAUAAGUGAAAUAUGAAGUAGCCUAAUGUAUACAGGGUCAUAGUGAGCCAGGGCCCGUAUCCACAGUAUCGAAGAGUUGGAGUGCUGAUCUAGGAUUAGGUCUCCCCUUGUCCAUGCAAUCGUAUUAAUUGAGAUUUAAAAGAUACAACUGAUCCUAGAUCAACACUCCUACACUGAGAUGCUUUGUGAAAACAGGCACAUUUAUAAAAAAUAGAAGAUAAACUGGAAAAACGAAUCCCAUUGUUGUAAAAUGUGAAUUAUUAAAUAUUACUGAAUUGUUGCAAUUCA